AUGUCCCCAAGGCCUACGAGGAUUGCGACUCGGAUAGAAGUGAUAUCUCCAAGGCCUGCGAGGAUUGCGACUUGGAUAGAAGUGGUAUCUCCGAGGCCUACGAGGAUUGCGGCUCGAGUAGACUUGGUGUCUCUGAGGCCUGCGAGGAUGGAAUUGACGGAUCAUGAAUGGGGGAGGAGACUCUCGGUAGAAGUCGAGCUUGAAAUUCUUUGGUUUGUUUUAGAAGGGCAAUUUGGUCAUUUGUGCCUGGCACCCACCAGGUGUCGGGCACGCACAGGGUUCGAUUCGGAUUCCAAAGUGGAAUUUGGAUCAGGUCUUGUCAGAACGUCUAUGCUUCUCCUUGAUAAUGUUGAGCCACUACAUUAUGCUUCUUACUGCCCCAUGUAA